AUGGCGGAAGAAGCUUCGAAAAGAAAAGGGCCAGGCAUGCUUGGAAAUUUUUAUUUAUUGCUUUACAAUGUCCUGCAGACAAUCGGAUGGUCGGCAAUUUUAGUCAAAACUUGUCAGCAUUAUCAUCAAAAUCGUAGCUUGGAUGGCUUUUAUAAGGAAAUUCAUCAGAUAUUAAAGAUCUUUCAAAGCGCUGCUAUUUUAGAGGUAUUCCAUUGUGCAAUCGGAUUGGUUCGGGCAAAUGUUGUUUUGACAGCUUUCCAAGUUGCUUCUCGCCUAAUCAUAUACUGGGGAGUUAUUCUAAGCGUCAAAGAAAUUCAAGAUACCAUAGCAGUCGAGUUAGCGGUGAUGGCAUGGACUAUAACUGAAAUCAUCCGUUAUUCGUAUUAUACUACCAAUAUAAUUGGUUUCGCACCAUAUAUACUAUCAUGGCUGAGGUAUACACUCUUUAUCGUUUUAUACCCUUGCGGUGUUUCGGGCGAGCUACUUUGUAUAAUUUACUCACUACCAUAUGUUGCAAAGCGAAAGUUGUAUUCCUACGAAAUGCCUAACGACUUAAAUAUGUCGUUUGAUUAUUACUCAGCUUUAAUUUUCAUUUCCCUUUUAUAUAUUCCAAUCUUUCCUCAAUUAUACGGUCACAUGUUUCGUCAACGCCGAAAAUGUCUCAGCCCUAGUUCGAAGGCAGAAAAAACUGACUAAUAACGCGGAUUAGCUAUAUUUUCAUAAUUACAGGCGAUGUUUAUUGAUAUUAGGAUGUCAUUGAAAAUUAUAUAAUAAACAGGGUAUAAUUAUUAACGAGAACACGACUUUGCACAGCUUUUUUCUACUGGUAAUCAAAUUUAAUUUAAAAUUUUGUUAAAUAAACAGUAAUUCUUUGAUAAGGUAAAUAUUUAACAACACAACUAAAAUAGUACAGCUAUCGCAUUAACAUCAGCUUCGUUGUAUAAGUUAUUUAAGCUAAUAGCCUUUCAGAUAAUUUAUGAAGUCAGCUUAAUCUCACCUGUAUCUCUGGCUUUCCAAGGCUAUUAUUUAUUCUCUAAUGUUAUC